UGCUGCUGGCCUGGCAUUAGUUAAAGCCCUCCUCGUGAGCAGAGCACCAACUAAAAUCUCCGUCUCCUUCCUCCUCCUCGUGCGAGAGGAUCUCUCGCACGCCACACCAGCGCGCAGCGGCAGCGGAGAGUUCCUCCUUCCUCCCUCCGCAUGCGUCGCCGCUAACCAACUGAUCCUCCCUCCACGCACGUAAACCCUCGGCCGGCCAUGGAGCUCGCCUCUUCCACGCCGCCCGCCCCGUGGUGGCUCACCACGCGCGCGUGCGACCUCCCCUCGGCCGACACCACGGGGUUCCUCGACUGGGCCGCCUUCCUCUUCCUCUCCGCCUGCUCGCAGCGGGUCAUGCUCUCGGCGGUCUCCUCCGCGUUCCUCCUCGUGCUCUUCUGCUUCGCGGCCCACCGCCUCGUCACCCGCCGCCGCCGCCGCCAUGGCGGUGGCGACGGCGCCGAGAAGCCGCUGCUGGACCGGGGGGAGGGCCAGGAGGCCCGGGGCGCGGUGCGGGUCGGCGCGGGGUUCGUCGUGGCGCUGGCGGCAUCCGCGCUCCUCGCCGCCUUCUACGGCGUGCUGCUCGUCCUCUCGGUCGUGGCGCGGCCUGGAGAAAUCCAGGAGCCCGUGUUCCUGGCGCUGCAGUGCGCAGCGCACCUCGCCGCGGCGGCGCUGGUGGGCCACGAGAAGCGGUUCCGCGCGGCGGCCCACCCGCUCACGCUCCGCCUCUUCUGGCUCGCCUCCGCGGCCCUCACGGCGCUCCUCGCCGGCUCCUCCGUCGCGCGCCUCGCUUCCGCCGCCGCGCUGCUCCCCGACGACGCCCUCGCGAUCGCCGCGCUCGCCCUCUCCCUUCCCCUCCCUCUCCUCGCCGUCUCCGGCGCCACCGGCAUCACCACCGCCCUCGUCCUCCCCGCGGCGGCCUCGCAAGGCCUUAACGGAGACAACGAAGAAGACGCCGCCGGCAUCAAGCAGGACGAGAAGAACGUGACGCCGUACGCGCGGGCGUCGUGGGCCUCGCGGGCCUCGUGGGCCUGGAUGAACCCGCUGAUCAAGCGCGGGUACCGCGCCACGCUGGACCUGUCAGACGUGCCGACGCUGGCCCCCGCGCACCGCCCGGAGCGCAUGCACCAGCUCUUCCUCUCCCACUUCCCUUCCUCGGCGAACAAGGCGGACAACCCGGUGCGGCAGACCCUGUUCCGCUGCUUCUGGCCGCUCUUCCUCGUCAACGCGGCGCUGGCGCUGCUCCGGCUCACCGUCAUGUACGUGGGGCCAACGCUCAUCCAGAGCUUCGUCAGCUUCACCUCGGCGCCCGAGCGGCGACCGCUCUGGGAAGGGGUGCGCCUCGUGCUGGCGCUGCUGGCGGCGAAAGCCGUGGAGGCCUUCUGCAGCCACCAGUACAACUUCCACUGCCAGAAGCUCGGGAUGCAGAUCCGUGGCGCGCUCAUCACGGCGCUCUACCGGAAGGGGCUCAGGCUGUCGUGCUCCGCGAGGCAGAAGCACGGGCUCGGCAUGAUCGUCAACUACAUGGCCGUCGACGCGCAGCAGCUCUCCGACAUGAUGCUCCAGAUACACUACCUCUGGCUCAUGCCACUCCAGGUGGGCGUGGCGCUUGGUCUUCUGUACAUGUACCUUGGCCCGCCGGUGACGUCGGCGCUGGUGGGCGUGUUCGGUGUGAUGGCGUUCGUGCUGCUGGGCACCCGGCGGAACAACCGGUACCAGUUCGCGCUGUCGGGGGAGCGUGACAAGCGGAUGAAGGCGACGAACGAGAUGCUGAGCUACAUGCGGGUGAUCAAGUUCCAGGCGUGGGAGGAGCACUUCAACGCCCGGAUCGCCCGGUUCCGGCGCCUCGAGUUCGGCUGGCUCACCCGCUUCAUGUACUCCAUCUCGGGCAACAUGGUGGUGCUCUGGAGCGCGCCCACCGUGGUCUCCGCGCUCGUCUUCAGCACCUGCGUCGCCGUCGGCGUCCCGCUCGACGCGGGGCUCGUCUUCACCGCAACGUCAUUCUUCAAGAUCCUCCAGGAGCCCAUGCGGAACUUUCCCCAGGCCAUGAUCCAGGCGUCCCAGGCCAUGAUCUCGCUCCAGCGGCUCGACUCGUACAUGACCAGCGCCGAGCUGGACGAUGGCGCCGUGGAGAGGGAACCCGCGGCGGCGGCGCAGGACGGCGGGGUGGCCGUGCAGGCCAGGGACGGGGCGUUCACUUGGGAUGAUGAGGAGACGGAGGCCGGGAAGGAGGUGCUUCGGGGGAUUGAGCUGGAGAUCAAGAGCGGCAAGCUGGCGGCCGUGGUCGGCAUGGUCGGGUCAGGCAAGUCUUCGCUGCUCGGUUGCAUCCUCGGCGAGAUGCGCAAAAUCUCCGGCAAGGUGAAGGUGUGCGGUAGCACGGCGUAUGUCGCGCAGACGGCAUGGAUCCAGAACGGCACCAUCGAGGAGAACAUCCUGUUUGGGCAGCCCAUGGACGGGGAGCGGUACAGGGAGGUGAUCAGGGUGUGCUGCCUGGAGAAGGACCUGGAGAUGAUGGAGUUUGGAGACCAGACGGAGAUCGGCGAGCGAGGGAUCAACCUCAGCGGCGGCCAGAAACAGCGCAUCCAGCUUGCCCGCGCUGUCUACCAAGACUGCGACAUCUACCUACUCGACGACGUCUUCAGCGCCGUCGAUGCGCACACAGGCAGCGAGAUCUUCAAGGAAUGUGUGAGAGGUGCUCUGAAGAACAAGACUGUAGUCCUUGUGACGCACCAAGUCGAUUUCCUGCACAAUGCAGAUAUCAUAUAUGUAAUGAAGGACGGCACCAUCGCGCAAUCCGGCAAGUACGACGAGCUCAUCAAGCGCGGCUCCGACUUCGCUGCUCUGGUGGCAGCGCACGACAGCUCCAUGGAGCUGGUGGAGGGCGCAGGGCCAGUGUCGGAGGAGCCGUCCGGCCAACAGCCGUCCAUCAAUGGCCACGGCAGCAGCAGCAUCAAGUCCAACGGCGAUCACGCCAGCGCCACGGCUGCGGGGGACUCCGUGUUGUCGGCCAAGGCCGAGAAGACGUCGGCACGGCUGAUCAAGGAGGAGGAGCGGGCCAGCGGGCACGUGAGCCUGGCCGUGUACAAGCAGUACAUGACGGAGGCGUGGGGUUGGGGCGGCGUGGCGCUCGUGGUGGCCGCGUCCGUGGCGUGGCAAGGGUCCGUUCUGGCCAGCGAUUACUGGCUCGCCUACGAGACCUCGGAGGACAACGCCGCCACGUUCCGGCCCUCGCUCUUCAUCCGGGUGUACGCCAUCAUCGCCGCCGCCUCGGUGGUGCUGGUGACGGGCCGGGCCUUCCUCGUGGCCUCCAUCGGCCUCCAGACCGCCAACUCCUUCUUCAAGCAGAUCCUCCACAGCAUCCUCCACGCACCCAUGUCGUUCUUCGACACCACCCCCUCCGGCAGGAUCCUCAGCAGGGCGUCUUCGGACCAGACCAACGUCGAUCUGUUCCUGCCCUUCUUCGUCUGGCUCAGCGUGUCCAUGUACAUCACGGUCAUCAGCGUGCUGGUUGUCACAUGCCAGGUGGCAUGGCCGUCGGUCAUCGCCAUUAUCCCACUUCUCAUACUUAACUUGUGGUACCGGGGCUACUACCUUGCAACGUCGAGGGAGCUGACUCGGCUCGAGUCCAUCACCAAGGCACCGGUGAUCCACCACUUCUCCGAGACGGUUCAGGGUGUCAUGACCAUCAGGUGCUUCAGGAAAGGGGAUACCUUCUUCCAGGAGAACCUCAACCGGGUGAAUUCCAGCUUGAGGAUGGAUUUCCACAACAAUGGCGCCAACGAGUGGCUCGGUUUCCGGCUAGAGCUGGUUGGGAGCUUUGUUCUCUGCUUCACUGCCUUGCUUAUGGUCACUCUGCCGAAAAGCUUCGUCAAGCCAGAAUUUGUCGGUCUAUCGCUCUCCUAUGGUCUAUCUCUCAACUCAGUGUUGUUCUGGGCUGUAUGGAUGAGUUGCUUCAUCGAAAAUAAAAUGGUCUCAGUCGAGAGGAUAAAGCAAUUCACAAACAUUCCAUCCGAGGCAGAAUGGAGGAUCAAGGACUGUCUACCUGCUGCAAACUGGCCAACAAAAGGCAAUAUAGACGUUAUUGAUCUCAAGGUCAGGUAUCGGCAUAACACUCCACUAGUGCUGAAGGGCAUCACACUAAGCAUACAUGGAGGAGAGAAGAUUGGAGUUGUUGGUAGAACUGGCAGUGGAAAAUCAACACUGAUCCAGGCCUUGUUCAGAAUAGUGGAGCCUUCGGAGGGGAAGAUAAUCAUCGAUGGCAUCGACAUCUGCACCUUGGGACUCCAUGAUCUGAGGUCUCGGUUCGGUAUCAUCCCUCAAGAGCCCGUACUAUUUGAAGGUACUAUCCGGAGCAACAUCGACCCGCUUGAGGAGUAUUCUGAUGUUGAAAUUUGGAAGGCCUUGGAUCGUUGUCAGCUGAAAGAAGCUGUGGCUUCAAAACCUGAAAAGCUGGACGCAUCAGUUGUCGACAAUGGAGAGAACUGGAGUGUGGGACAACGCCAACUGCUUUGUCUGGGCCGGGUGAUGCUGAAACACAGCAGAAUACUGUUCAUGGACGAGGCAACUGCUUCUGUGGACUCUCAAACCGAUGCUGUAAUUCAGAGGAUCAUCCGGGAAGACUUUGCAGAGUGCACCAUCAUUAGCAUUGCGCACAGGAUACCGACGGUCAUGGAUUGCGACAGAGUCCUGGUCAUUGAUGCAGGACUAGCAAAGGAGUUUGACCGGCCUGCGAGCCUGAUCGAAAGACCAUCGCUCUUUGGAGCAUUGGUUCAAGAGUAUGCAAAUCGAUCGUCUGACAUGUAGCGGAUGAGAUAAUGGCCAAUUUUUUGAUCCAAGAUUUGGGAAGAAUCAAGGAAUGGAAAUUUUUCAAGAUGGUAGCACGAGCAACCUUGAUUCAUGCUCUGAGCACAAGUCUGAAAAAUUGUGUGAGCAGUUACUGAUCUAGAGAAAGGUCAUGAGAAGCUGCAGUUUGAGAUAGGCCUUAAGAUGUGAGGAGACAAAAUUCCAAGAUAGUAGUGCUUUAAGAUGGAUUCUUUCUAUUACUAUGAGCUGAAGAUGAUGUAUCAUGUAUAUGUAUCGUAUAACUGAAAGCAUUAUUGCCGCACAUUUUCAGUUCAACAGUUGAGCCGUAUGGAACAAAAUAUCAUCACGGAAUCUCCAAGAUAUAUUUUCUGCAGAAGAAACUGAAAA